CGUCUUUCCAAGUGCAAAAUUAAGUUGGGCGUGCAUGUGUUUAAUUCCGCGAUCAGAGUCAAACCUGAGCGCAAAGAUAUACUGCGCUCAAUAAAAAGUAAUUUCAUUACAAUUUGAGUAACUAAAAAGAUAGCUUUGAACUUUUACAUUGCUACUCGGAGAGAUUUUGUAAAAUUUUUAUAUAAUAAAACUUCUGGCUUUCCAAAUAACUUCUGAUUGUGCUAAUAGAGUAUUGAGAUUUGUGUUCACAUAGAACUUGCGAAAUUCAGGCCGUAUAAACAGCUGUUGCUGUUAUCAAUUACAGAAAAGUAAGUUGUCGAUAGCGUGGAAAGUAAGAAAGUGGAAAACGUGGAGGAAAUUAACCGCCAAAGCAAAAGAAACAAUAGCGCAGCAGUGGAGAGAAAAUCUGGGAAUAAGCAGUAGAGCAAGUGACAACUACAGUUCGUGGACAAUUGGAAGGGAGUACAAGGUGGUGGUGGUUGUGUAUUGGCAUCGUUAUUCGCUCGGCAAAGAGUGAAAACACAUUGCAAACGGUUAGUGACGCGCAGAAAUCGGACGGCAGCGUUUGGGAUCAGAAUAGCCAUUCAUAGGAGGCAAAUUUUUGCCUUUUUUGUUGUAAAGGCAGUUUGUUUACAGGCGUAUAUAGUGCAUAUAAUUGGUUAAAAUAGCGACAUUUAAAGCAAUUAAUUAUUGAAUCUGUAUAGCAGCUUAAUAGCUACAUUACGUUCUUAUUGAAUUACUACUGAUUUUGCUACAAUCGCAAUGAAUAUGGACGACUACGAAUCAUUACCCACUACCAGUGUGAGCAUUAAUAUGACAGCCGGAGCAAUUGCGGGCGUAUUGGAACAUUGUGUUAUGUAUCCAUUGGAUUCGGUUAAGACAAGAAUGCAAAGUUUAUCGCCAGUCACUUCCAAUUAUGACAUCAGCACCACCUUCAAGAACAUGAUCAAGAAAGAGGGUAUUAUGAGACCCAUACGUGGUGUCUCCGCUGUUGUUGCUGGCGCCGGACCCGCACAUGCGCUGUACUUUGGUUCCUACGAAAUGACGAAAGAGCUCCUGACUAAAUUCACCACCAACAAUCAUGUCAAUUAUAUGGCGUCCGGUGCUAUAGCGACACUCAUACAUGAUGCUGUAUCGAAUCCCACGGAAGUGAUAAAACAACGCAUGCAAAUGUACAAUUCAAAGUAUAAUUCAGUUAUUAGCUGUAUGAAGGACGUAUAUCGUACUGAGGGCAUCCAAGCAUUCUACAGAUCGUACUCCACACAGCUAGUGAUGAAUAUACCAUAUCAGACAAUACAUUUUGCCACAUACGAAUUUUUUCAAAAUAUGUUGAAUCAUGAACGAAGAUAUAGUCCCGUAGUUCAUAUGGUGGCCGGUGGCGCAGCUGGUGCAACCGCUGCUGCCUUCACAACGCCACUGGAUGUGGUGAAAACGUUGUUAAAUACACAGGAGAAUGGGCUCACGAAGGGCAUGGGUGAAGCAAUACGGCAGAUCUACGCCGUGGCUGGCGUGAAAGGCUUCUUCCGUGGCAUGUUGGCGCGCGUGUUGUACUCCAUGCCCGCUACCGCAAUUUGCUGGUCUACAUAUGAAUUCUUUAAAUUCUACUUGGCUGGCUCCAAUCACAGCACCUACAAGUCAUCGAUCACGGGCAAGAAUGCGUUGCAGCGACGAGACGAUAUGGUGGAACCCGCUGAGAAGACAGCCUACGUGCUGCCAGUAACAACGGCUGAUGCCGUGGAGGAGCUACCAACAAGUCCAAGUGCAACAACAGCCACAGCGCCCAGUAGCAGCAGCGCGGGUGGAGCGACAGCUGGGCUAGCGCCAAGUAGUGCUACGGCGAUCAAAAGCGUAUGUGAACUGCCUAGUAAUGUGACGACAUCCGCAUUAAAUCUACACACCAGGCAUACGGAUGUGAAAAGUACGCGACCAUUUGAACGGGGAUACUCGAGUCCGUAAUUCAAAGAGUGAUACUCAGAAAUAGAACGAGUGUCGGAGAGAGGGGAGCAACAUGAAACGAAACAAAAUAUUGUAAUAUACAAAACUCAACAAAAAUCUAGUUAUCAAGCGACGACUCAAUACCAGCGUGGAGCGUACGUUAAUACAACAGACAACUUUAUUACCGUAUUUGGCAACGCUGGCGUGUGCGUGUAUAUUUAUUUAUUUUUGGCGUGUCUUUAUUGUGAGGUGUGGUGCGUGCAGUUGGGCGGGGUGAUGUGUUUAACAGUGUCGACGUGGACCGUCACACUGCGAGUCACCCCAAAUUCCUUCCUAUCUGAGAAGACUAAAGACUACCAAAAGAGUGCUCAAGAACGGUAUCUAACUGGCGAAAGUUUUGUUUAAUGGUGAUGAAUGUGAUAAAUGUUAUUUUUUGUUUGUGCGGUGUUUAAAUACCCAUCGCCUGCCUGUUGCAUAAACCGCAUACAAAAGAAGCUCAAUGAAGAAAAACAGAAGACAAAUUAAAAUUAACGUUAUAGAUUAUAUAAAAUAUCUAUACUACUAAAGAGAGAAGAAUCGAACCAGUGCUAAAACCCUUCGGCUUUAAUUGUGCUGGCAACAGGUUGGAACAUUUCGCCAACUCUUGGAUAAAACGACCCUUAUAUAGUAUUAUGUAAAUAUGCAAGUCUUUAGCUACACCCCUGCUCAGCAACCAUACCUUGCGGCACGAUGCGCGCUCCCCCUCUCCCCCGUCCGCACAUUAUUUGCGGUGUAAAAAUUCAUGUUUGUAAAAAUAAAAAAAAAAAUAAAAUUAUCAAUUCGGAAAGUGAAAUCAAUUCGAAAAAUCACUACGUGUUUACUCUACACAAUAAAAUCUUUGCAAAAGAGCAUCAACUUGUAAUCUAAUUACAAUACACUAAAUAAACCUAGUUUAUACAUAUAUAUAUAAAAGGAAAAAAAAGAAGAAAAAUAAAAUCACAUGAACAGAAAAACAAGAAAUGACGCCAUGCGUAGUUGUAGGCACAAUACUCGUUAGCAGCAUUUUGAAUUUCCAAGAAAUUCACAACACAACUAUACGAGUGCAUAAAAAUACAAGUCACGGCAUCGAACUGCGUUUAAGUUCAGGUGCAGCGCGAUCUAGCAGCAAGUUGAAACUAUUAUUUUGCCAUUACCACGCUACUACAUGGAAUCGACAACACUUCCUAACAACAUACAUACAUACACACAAUUAAACACACAUAGUUACAAACGUUGCAAGAGAAUUUCUACUGUGAUUACAUAUAUAUUACACCAUACACGCCUUAUAUGUUCGGAGUUAAGAAGAUGAUGCUCAUUUUGCUACUUGAAAGACAGGUCUUGUCAAUACAUUUUUGUUUUCAUUCUACAUAAUUAGAUUGUGGUUUUAGCGUGGUGACUGCAAGAUAUGAAAAUUGUUAAUAUUAUUUUAAAUUAUAUUAAAUGUAAACUCUUAAUAUAUGCUAACUUAAAAAUUUUAUUGUUAUUAAAUUACACAACCUUGUCAGAGAACAGAAAAGCUGAAAAAAUAGUCUUUUCGCCAAAAUGUA